UGGGGAGGGGUGGAGUAUGUGUCAUGGCUGCCCUCUGACCAAAGUAGCAGCAAAACCGGACAAAAAUCGCCAAAUUCGGACCCUUCAAACUCAUAACUGAAACGGAAAACUGCAAGCAGUAAGAUUGUCCCGGCACUUCGAACUUCUACCAGGUGAAAGAGUCCGAACAGGACUGCAGACAAGAGAAGCAACAUGCCGGUGGGAACACAAGAAGCGGAGCAUGCUGUUGACGUACUGCAGAAGAUGCAGGAACAGCUUCGUGCUGGCGGGGACAGCAGCGUCGACCUUGCCUCCAUCAUACACAUGCUGGACAGCCCGCUGUUCAGGCAGAUCCUCACCAUCCAGGCUUCCGUCAAACAGCUCAAGAAACAGGUUGAGAACUCCCCUCCCUCUGCUGUACAAGACUUUGAGUUCUCCCCGACCGGCCAUCUUGUGAUGGGGCCCAAGAGCAAGCCUGCAAACGGGACCACGGUGGCUGAAGUCAACGAUCAGCUAGCUGAGGCUGUGCCUGUCUACGGAGCUGCACCUCAGAUGGGAGAGGAGGACUUCCAGAGAGCUGUACAGGCUGCAGCCCAGGGAAGAGAGGUUGAGAAUAUCAAACUGUACAAGCCUGAGACCGGAGGGCUGGGUUUCAGUGUGGUGGGACUACGGAGUGAGAACAGGGGAGAACUGGGCAUCUUUGUGCAGGAUAUCCAGCCUGGAGGGGUGGCAGACAGGGAUGGUCGACUUAAAGAGAGUGACCAGAUCCUAGCCAUUGACCACCAGCUCCUUGAUGCCAGUAUCUCCCACCAGGAGGCUAUCUCUAUCCUACAGAGGGCACACGGGAUAGUGGAGCUGGUGGUGGCGCGCGGAGGCAUUCCAGAACCGGACGCAGCCGACAGCAGGGGACCUUCCAACCUGUCAGAACUCGCUGAGAAGAGUCCCAGUGCAGCACUUCCAGCAGAAAUGGCAGAUGCACUUGGCGUGACCCAGUGGGCCCACGUGGAGAUGAUUGAACUUGUGAACGACGGACGAGGUCUCGGCUUUGGGAUUAUCGGUGGCCAAACCCGGGGCAUCGAGGUCAAAACCAUUGUACCCGGAGGGGUGGCAGACAGGGACGGUCGCCUGAAACCAGCCGACCACAUCCUGCAGAUAGGAGACACGCCGCUGAAGGGCAUGGGCAGUGAGCAGGUCGCAAACGUGCUGAGACAGUCUGGCAGCCAUGUUAGGCUUCUCAUAGCACGCGGGAAACUCAACAACACACAGGCUCCUGCACCUACCAGUGCUAAACAGGCAGAAGAGGAGGAGAGCCCACCAAGUGCAGAGAUAGAACAGUUCGAUGCGGAGCUCACGAAGGACAGCCAGGGACUGGGCAUCACCAUAGCUGGAUAUGUGGGAGAGAAAUCCUCGGAAGAACUGUCAGGAAUCUUUGUGAAGAGCAUCGCACCUGGAAGUGCAGCAGACAGGAAUGGCAAGAUCAGGGUCAACGACCAGAUUGUCGAGGUUGAUGGCAGGAGUCUGCAGGGUUUCUCUAACCACCAGGCAGUGGAGGUGCUGCGCAGUACAGGCCAGGUCGUUCACCUCAAGCUCGCACGCUACAAGGACGGGCCCAAGUUCCUUGCGCCGUCUGAACGCGGUUCGACCCCUUCACCCUCCCACUCCCCUGCCAUCACCCCCUCCCCUGCCCCUGACCUGUCUGAGACCCCGUCCCUGGAGCAGGCCCCCCCUCCCUACCCCUACCUGGGUGAGGACAUGCCCUCCCCUAUUCCCCGGGACGUAGAGUCCCCUGCCCUGGGGUACCCGAAGGAGGGACAGGUCAACCUGGAGGAUAUACAACUGUUCACGGAUGCUAGUUAUGACCUCACACCCGAGGCAGAGGAAGGCAUCAAGCAGUACUGGCGGGACCAGGCCGGGGAGGACAUGGAGAUCGUCGUGGCUCACAUCUCCAAGUUCCGGGAGGGCGGCGGGCUGGGCAUCAGUCUGGAGGGAACCGUGGAUGUUGAGGACGGACAAGAAGUGCGUCCGCACCACUACAUCCGGUCGAUCCUUCCAGACGGGCCGGUCGGAGUCGAUGGGAAACUGAAAGGUGGAGACGAGCUUUUGGAGGUAAAUGGCCACCAGUUGCUCGGUUUGGACCACAGGGAAGUGGUUGGCAUCCUGAAGGAUCUCCCCACAAAUGUGCGUAUCGUCUGCGGCCGCCGCCCCGAACCCGUCGAACGCCCUCCGGACAUCCCAACGAUCCGCCCGCUUGACGUGGACGAGCUGAACAGUAAGAGGAUGUCGUUUACGGGAUCGCCGGACGUGGGGAUGAUGUCCCGUGCCAGGUCGGAGGGAUCCAUCCCCCCUGCUGUAGAGUCAGCCAUGUCUAUUAUAAUAAAAAGGAAAAAAUUUGUUUCCACAGAAUCCCCCUCCUUGGACAAGAACAAGUCUCGUUCGCUGGAACCGUUGAGCCAGCUGGCCAUGUGGAGUCCGGAUAUACAGACUAUCGAGCUGCACAAGGGAGAGAAGGGACUGGGCUUCAGCAUCCUGGACUACCAGGACCCACUAAGCCCAAACCAGAUGGUGAUCGUGAUCCGAAGCCUCGUGCACGGCGGUGUGGCCCAACAAGAUGGCCGCCUCGUCCCCGGCGACCGUCUAAUGUCGGUAAACGACGUUAAUCUCGAGCACGCUAACCUGGAGACAGCCGUGCAGGCGCUGAAGGGCGCGCCGCCGGGCAUCGUACGAAUCGGCGUGUCCAAACCACUGCCUGUGCCCGAGUCAUUCCAGGACGAAGAACAGUCCUUCUCCCGGCCGGCCCCAGCCAUCCCCCCUCCCGAGCCUCGCUCCACGCCACCACAGUCGCCCGUCGUCAUCGAGGAGGCCGUCUCCUUCGCCUCCGUCACCAUGGCAACAGCUACCAUAGCAACGGUUACCGAGGACGAGAGCGACAUGAUGGAGGCCAAGGAGCUGCAGGUGUCACAGGUGGAACAGGUCCAAGCCCCUGGUGUGGAAGUCCGUCGCAGGCCCCCCACCCCACCACCGAAACCCAACAUUCGCAAGACAGAAGUGGUGGUGAAGGAGUUGAGAUCAGCCGCACCCCCUCCAGCUCCUGCUCCCAUACAUGUACCCACAGAACCUGUACAAGUCAUCAUUAGGGAGAAGUUGCUCGACUCGAAUCACCGAGGUCCCUUCGUGACUCUCAAGCGCUCAUGCGAGAUCGGAACGCAGACCAACAUAGAGGUCACACCGACAAGCUCCGCCAAGGAGACCCAGGAAGCAGACAUCAGCUUUGGCAGCACCGGCAGCAGGUCAACAUCCUCUGAGACAUUGACCUCGGUGGGUGACCUUUCGUUGCCGGGCGGGGAGCCCAGGCUGUUGCCGAGUUCGCUGGAGCAGACGGUGGAGAUCAACAAGGGCAACUCCAGUCUGGGUUUGACCGUGAAUCCAGACAAAGAAGGCAAUGGUAUCAUCGUAAAGAGCAUCACACAUGGAGGUGCCAUCAGUAAGGACGGGCGGAUCACUGUGGGUGAUGUCAUCACUGCUGUGAACGGGGAGAGCACCAAAGGGCUGAACAUCUACCAGGCAAAGGCCCUGCUCAGGAGGCAGUCUCUACUGGGUGGGGACAUCAGCAUCACAUUCAUCAAGGCAGAAGACAUCGCAACCUACAAGGAAAGCGCAGCAGCACAGACCAGUUUCUCUUCAGAGGUGGUGACCAAAACUCCAGAACCCAGCCGCCCUCCCCCUCAACUCCCCACUGUGCCUCCCCCACCUACCAACCAGGAGAGCCCCAGCAGCCAGGAGAAGCCCUUCUUCAGCCCGUACCAGUCUCAGAAGAUCCAGAAGAUGUCUCCUCCUGCUCACCUGAAACCCUUCACCACCAUCUCACCUGCCAAGUCUGGGGAACCCACCAAGAUGGUGCAGAUAUACAGGGAGCCUAACCAGUCACUCGGCAUCAGCAUAGUCGGGGGAAAGUCCAUGGUAGUGAACCGUACCGAGGUGCAGUGUCAGGGGAUCUUCAUCAAACAUGUUCUGGAGGACAGCCCAGCUGGCAGGGAUGGAAACCUCAAGCCUGGGGACAGGGUUCUGGAGGUUGAUGGUAUGGACCUGCGAGAGGCGAGCCAUGACCAGGCUGUGGAGGUUGUGCGUAACGCUGGCAACCCUGUCUGUUUCCUUAUACAGAGACUGGCUCCAUCUGGACAGGAAGCGUUGUCAGAAUCCAUGGAAAUUUCCCCCGGAACAGUGGUAGAACAACAAGAUGCCAGCGUUACUGAGGGUGCACCAGUCAUGCACUUCAGCUCCCCGACGACGGAAGCCCCGCCUAGCAACGAUGGUUCUAUCGUCAUGGCAACGGCCGUCAUGGUGAACGAGUCUUCUGACAGCGAAGAGGAGGAUGAGUUUGGAUACACCUACAAGACAGUACAGAAGCGUUACGGAGACCUGAACGGUGAACUGCACAUCGUAGAGCUGCAGAAGGGAGAGCGUGGGCUGGGUCUGAGCCUCGCGGGAAACCGUGACCGUACGCGCACCAGUGUUUUUGUAGUGGGCGUCGCGCCGGACGGGGCAGCAGCUGAAGAUGGAAGGAUACAAGUCGGGGACGAACUACUGGAGAUCAAUGGAGAGGUGCUGUACGGCCGAACUCACCACAGCGCCUCUCAGGUCAUCAAGAGCAUCCCACCUGGGGUCGUCAAGAUUGUCUUACUCAGGAGUGAUGAGGCAGCCAACUCCCUGUCCAUGUCUCCUAUCAGGUUCCUCACCAACUCAUCUGGAGAGUUCUACUCUGACCCCGGCAGCCAGGACGCUGUCCAGCGAAGGGUCAGCUCUUUCCUUUCUCCGGACUUUUCCGUCAGCCUCCUGGGACAGGAUGGUGAGAGUUCCCAUCCAGGCAGUCCUGUGCCUCCCAGCAUGGAGCCUACCAUGAAGAUGAAUGGUCUGAAUGGUAUUCACCCUGCUGAGGAGCCCCCCUCCUCCCAAAUGGACCAUCCCAUGGAGUCUGGAGUGUACUACAGCGCCUAUGACAAUGUCAAGGUCAUCACACUCACCAAGACCCCCACUGGCCUGGGGUUUGCUAUAGGUGAGGGGCGUGACAUCAGUACAGGAGACCCCGGGAUAUUUGUCAAGAACAUCACAGACGGGGGCGCAGCACAUGAGGAUGGCCGUCUGCAGAUGGGAGACCAGAUACUGGGUGUGGAUGAUGAGUCACUGGUGGGACUGUCAUACGACCAGGCUGUAGGUAUCCUAAGGAAGACCCAGGGUACAGUGAGGCUGACGGUUUGCUCCGAUAAUCGUCGCUACAUCCCCACCGACCAGCCGGCAUACAUCCAGCCUACACAGGUGAACCAUGCACCGGUCACUCAGACAGGGCUGGACCAGGCACCGAUUGUGGACGAGAUCACGGUGUCCGGAGUACCAUUUGAAGAACAGCAUCAGGAAGAAGAGGAAGACCAGUUGGAGGAGUCAUCGCCUCCUCAGGACCACCCUGACCAUAUGGACCCCCGCACCUGUCCCAUCAUCCCCGGCCGUAUCACAGUCAUCGAUAUUGAGAAGGGCAAGACGGGCCUGGGACUGAGUAUUGUGGGGGGGUCGGACACACUACUGGGUGCCAUUAUAAUCCAUGAGGUUUAUGAGGAAGGGGCAGCAGCGAAGGACAGCAGACUGUGGGCAGGGGACCAGAUACUCGAGGUGAAUGGAGAAGACCUGAGGAAUGCGACCCACGACCAUGCCAUCAACGUUCUCCGCCAGACGCCGUCCCGCGUUCGGCUGAUCGUGUUUCGUGAUGAGAACCAGUACAAGGAGGAGGACCUGUACGAUGUUUUUACCGUCGAGCUGGAAAAACGCAUCGGGAAGGGGCUUGGCCUCAGCAUUGUGGGCAGGAGGAAUGAUGUUGGGGUGUUCAUCUCGGAUGUAGUGAAGGGCGGGGUGGCAGAACAAGAUGGCCGCCUGAUGCAGGGAGACCAGAUCCUGAGUGUGAACGGGGAGGACAUGAGGAGUGCAACACAGGACAACGCUGCCGCUGUGCUCAAGACUGCCCAAGGCACGGUAGUCCUGACCAUAGGGCGGCUGAAGGCUAGCUCCCAGGCUUCCCGCAGGACCUCCAUGGCCAGUUCCAGCAGCCUGUCCCACCCGCUGGACAAGACUGGGUCCACAGGCAGCAUGGACCGGGCUGGCAUCAUCACAGGGCCCAGGAGGGUGGCUGGAGCCGCUGACUCAGUGGACCUCCCCCCAGAAGGAGUACGUAUGGUGGAGCUGUACAAGGGGCCACAAGACUCGCUGGGGGUGAGCAUCGCUGGGGGGGUGGGCAGCCCCCUGGUGACUGUUUCAGUAGACUCAGUGGACCUCCCCCCAGAGGGUGUGCGUAUGGUGGAGCUGUACAAGGGGCCUCAAGACUCUCUGGGGGUGAGCAUCGCUGGGGGGGUGGGGAGCCCCCUGGGUGACGUGCCUAUCUUCAUCGCCAUGGUGCAGGCCAACGGUGUGGCCGCACAGACACAGAAACUCAGGGUAGGAGACCGCAUCCUGAGCAUUAAUGGACAGCCCCUGGAGGGGGUGACUCACGCACAGGCAGUCAACAUGCUCAUGCAGACAACUGGCAGGGUCGUGCUGGAGGUGUCCCAGGGCGAUGAGUUGGCGAACAUGGCGGGAGGAGACGCUGCCCCGAGUGUCGCUAACGUCAUGGCAACAAGCAGCGAAUCAGCUUCUCCGCUCAACUUCAACGACGACCUGGGAGGCCCAACCCAGUACAAGACAAUAGAGUUGGAGCGUGGUCCCGACGGCCUGGGGUUCAGUAUCGUGGGCGGGCACGGCAGUCCUCAUGGAGACCUCCCCAUCUACGUCAAGACUGUCUUCGCCAAGGGUGCUGCGGCAGAAGACGGCCGUCUGAAACGUGGCGACCAGAUCGUUGCCGUGAACAGCGAACCCCUGGAAGGAGUUACCCACGAGGAGGCAGUCUCCAUCUUGAAGAAGUCCAAGGGCAAGAUUGUGCUGACCGUACUGACUUAAGGUACAGGGAAGGUUAUGGUUGGGACUGGACCUCUUCUGGGCUCUUGUAGGCAGUUUUCCCCCACCCAGCUUAAAAAGCCUCCCGGUUGGAGUUUUGCAUCUGUAUGAGUCUUGCAUGACAGGAGUUGAUAC